AUGACAGCCGGCGAUGGACGACGGGUGCAGUUUAGAAGUUUACAACCACAGUAAUCCGCGCCCCGACAAGCGCCAAGAACCGAGCUGCUCGCCAGAUAAGCAUCUGAGAAACGCGGCCACCCCGAGCGCUCAGUACGGCAUCAAUGUUUUUGCCCUGGGCUUGGUCCUAACGGUGGCAGAGGCGUCGCAGAAAGCCGGGGUGACACAGGAGCAUACACUAGCUUAUCUCAGUACGCUCAUGGCCAUACAGCUGGCCUGGAUGCUCUGGUACUUCUUCAGGAGGCGCAAAACAAAAGGACUAGCCGUGGAUAAGGAUCACCAUGCUGGGCCCGGGUGGCUGAGAGGUGGUUUAACCUUAUUUGCCAUCCUGAGUUUAGUUCUGGAUAUGUUGAAAAUUGGAUAUUACGUUGGAUUUUCAAGUUGUCUCACAGACGCCAACGGCGCCUUUCCGGUGGUUCACGCGGUCCACACUCUCUUCCAGGUAUAUUUUCUUUGGUCUCAUGCAAAAGAUGUCAUUCAAACUUUUCAAAUUAUUGAAAGGUUUGGAAUGAUUCAUGCUGUAUUUACAAAUCUCUUGCUAUGGGUGAAUGGUAUUGUUGCAGAAUCUAAACAUCAGUUGAAUGAUCACAAAAAGCGAUUAGCAACAUUUGGAUUUGUCAACAUAUCUGUGGAAAAGACUGCACCAGAGUGCAACUGUACCACCAAUGCAUGUGCAGUUUUCUACAAAGGGUUCUAUUAUAUGUAUCCCUUCAGCAUUGAAUAUCACGUUUUUGCAUCUGCCAUGCUUUAUGUCAUGUGGAAGAACGUGGGGCGGAAGAUUGAAGAGCACAAGCGCCGCAAACUUACUUUUAAGAGACAGUACAAAAUAUUACCAGGACCAGCGCUGGGAGCCGUUGUGUUAGCGGCGACCAUAGGCAUUCUAAUAGUGUACAACAUACAGGUGGGCCAUUCCGAAGCUCAGCGCAGGUCUGCCGUGACUAUGUUUUAUUCCUACAGCAUUAUUGUGUUGAGUUUGAUGUCCGUAGCGACUGCGAGUGGCCUGGUGAUUUAUCGGCUGGAGAAGCGGCCGGUGGAUACUUCCACCAACCCCACGAGGAAGCUGGACGGCUCUCUGCUGGUCGGCACAGCCUGCGCCUCCUGGCUCCUGUCCUGGUGCUCCGUGCUGGCGGGGAUCGCUGCAGAAACCCGCCAGCACCACGCCUGGCUCAACCUGCCCUAUUCUUUGUUGACCAUCAUUGAGAAAUACCUGCAGAACAUGUUCAUCAUCGAGUCCCUCCACCGGGAGAGCAACAAGUGCGAGGAGCGAGUGCAGAAAUCCCAGAGGAUAUUUGCUGUGUCGGCUCCCGAAAGUGGCGAGGAGCGGGCUGGGGGCGAGAGCGGUGGCAAGGACAUGGGCAAUACGAGCAGGGGCGUGUGGCGACCCGGCCACUCUCUGCCGCUGCGGGACGGCGAGGCGGGGGGCACCAAAAGCCUGAUGCUUAAGAACAUCGCCGCCUUCCUCUUCCUCUGUAAUAUCUCGUUCUGGAUACUUCCAGCCUUUGGAACUCGCCCCCAGUUUGACAAUGGCCUCGAAGAAAAUGUUUAUGGAUUUGAAACAUGGAUUCUAAUCGUAAACCUUGCAAUGCCUUUUGCUAUUUUCUAUCGCAUGCAUGCAUCUGCUUCACUUUUUGAGGUGUUCUGUUCAACAUAGUCAACAAAUGUAAUUGGUGUGCAGGGAAUGGAAAUAUGUAUGAAUAGCUGCAUAGGAAAACUAAGCUACAUUAGCGCACUUGAUUUUCUUGUACCUAAAUGUGGA